CCGGAUCAAUGAGAAGUCGGUGUGGUGCUGUGGGUGGCUGCCCUGCACGCCGCUGCGCAUCGCCGCCACCGCCGGCCACGGGCCCUGCGUCGAGUUCCUCCUGCGCAAAGGGGCUGAGAUCGACCUGGUGGAUGUCAAGGGGCAGACUGCCCUCUACGUGGCCGUGGUCAACGGGCACCUGGAGUGUGCCAAGAUCCUCCUGGAAGCUGGGGCUGACCCCAACGGCAGCCGGCACCACCAGGAAUCUCCCCUGCUGCAUCCACUGAGGCGGGGGGAGGGAAAUGUAGCAAAACUUUUGGUGAAGUAUGGAGCAGACGUGGAUGUGAAUCACCACCUCCCUUCCCGGGACCCCAGCCUCUCCCUGCGGCCCCUCACCACCCUGGUGGUCUGUCCACUCUACAUCAGUGCUGCCUACCACAACCUCCAAUGCUUCCAGCUGCUGCUCCAGGCUGGAGCCAACCCGGAUUUUAACUGCUGUGGGCCCAUCAACAUCCAGGGCUUCUCCAGGGGCUCCCCAGUGUGUGUGAUGGACGCUGUCCUGCGGCACGGCUGUGAAGCUGCCUUUGUCCAGCUCUUGAUUGACUUUGGAGCCAAUCUGAACCUGGUGAAAGUGGAGGCAUUGGGAGUUGAAUCCACUGGAAGGAUCAAAGUCAACCCUGAGGCUAUGGAGGUGUUCAAGGAAGCAAGGGGCCACCCCCGGAGCCUCCUGUCCCUCUGCCGCAUCGCCGUCCGAGGAAUCCUUGGCAAAUCUCGCCUGGAUCUGAUCCAUAUCCUUCCAAUCCCAGACCCCAUUAAACAAUUUUUACUUCACCAACACAGUUAA